CACAGACACAACAAACAAAGCAAAAAAAAAUAAAAAAUCGCACGUUUCUUCUUCUUCUUCUCUCUCGCAACAAAUCUGUAUUAGGGUUUUUGAGAAAUCUUCAUUUCGUGAUUUUGAAAUUUAUUUGUAUUUGAUUUUGUUGUUGCUUUGGAAUCAUCUGCAACCACCAUGAUUUCUGAUUCGAUCACCAACGCUUCUGCUACUUCAGCUCCAACCGCCAGGGAUUUCGGAAAAAAGAAAAGGACGAACAGGUCGGCCAAAUUGAAACAGAGCAAGCUAGGUCUUCGUCGUGAACAAUGGCUUUCUCAAGUUGCGAUGAUUAACAAAGGGGAUAAGGAGGAAAUGGAAUCCAAUCGAAGAAUUGGGAGUGAAAAGCCUGAUCAGAGAGAUCUUCCGCGUCCGGUGGAGAAUUUAGAUGAGGAUAACAAUGGAACACAUCGUCAUGAGAGCUUUAUUGAGUCACUUUCUAAUAGCCCUAACAGUAUUCUUAGUGGCAUGAAUUCAAUUCCUAAUUUUAGCAGCAGCAGUAGCAGUGGAAGUGGUGGCUCUUGCUCUGGUAAUAUAACAGAGGAGGAAGAUGCUGAUGAUGAUGGUUGUUUGGAUGAUUGGGAAGCUAUUGCUGAUGCUUUAGCUGCUGAUGAUGAAAAGCAUGAGAAAGAGAAUCCUCCUGAGUCUUGCCAAGAGCAUGAGGAUAUCAAGCAAUCAGCUUUAAUCGGUGGAGCUGAUGUGGUUUUAAGGGAUGCAAAGGCGGAUUCUCAGAGAAGGAAGCAAAAGAGUAACCAGGCGUGGAGGCCAGACGAUAAGCUCCGUCCUCAGGGUCUGCCUAAUUUGGAAAAGCAGCGUAGUUUUCCGGUCAUGAAUUUGCAUUUUAGUUCUGUGACUGUGGUGCCAUCUUCGUGCCCUAUUUGCUACGAAGAUCUUGACUUAACAGACUCAAAUUUCUUGCCAUGUCCUUGUGGAUUCCGGCUUUGCCUUUUCUGCCACAAGACGAUAUGCGAUGGAGAUGGGCGUUGUCCUGGUUGCAGAAAGCCUUAUGAAAGGAACACAAUCAAGUUUGAAGCUAGUGUUCAAGGUGGUGGUCUGACUAUUCGGCUUGCUCGUUCGUCUAGCAUGUUUUGCAGGUCAUGAAGAAAGGAUGUGUGGCUUUUCUCGGCCUGUGUCUGUUUGUUUUCUCUCUUCUUCAUUGUUUUCCUCGCAUGUUCUACGUUUUUCACCUGUCUUUAAAACUCUUUAGAUAUGGGUAUAGGGAUUUGUCUUUUGGCAACUGAGAACUAUGUUCUAUGUUCUUCUAUGUCAAUGACUCUUCUUCAUCUGAAACAUGUGGUGGUGGUGGUGGUGGUUAUGUAGAGUGGUGUGUGAGUACAUAAGGUGGUACACGAAUUUCAAAUACAUAAAAGUUGCAAUAAGUCUCUUUCUCAUAGCCUGCGAGAACCUUGCUUAUCUGUAAUACUCUAAAGGUAUCAUUUUAUGUCGUCUGUUAUUUUAAGGUGGCCAUAGAUGUUAUAUCAUUCUACUUGAUUCUAUGUUGAGCGACUAAAUACAGCAUAUAGACAGUCAAGUUUGGUUAUAUAUAAAAUUGACAUUCGCGCGAAAGAGUUGAAGAUUACUUCUAUUGUCUGAUUCUUUUGUGAAUGAUCUACUUCCUCCUUAGCUAUAUGGUAUGCAUCCUUGAGUUGAUUAUACUGAUGCAGGAUUCUGGUGGAACGCAAAUCUAACAGGAACGUCUUGGUAAUGUGAUUACUCUUUUAUUUACUUGUGUUUAGGAGACAUACUUGAGUCAAACUUUCAUAUCGAGCUAACUAGCAUACAGAGGGGCAUAGGGCAAGUUUCAAAUUUUGUGUUUUAAUCGUUUUCUUCUUUGGUUAUGUAGUAGCUAGAACUUGGAGCGUUUGCACAGCCACUUGUUUUGAGGUAUAGAGGUUAGUAAUGUUAUAAACAAUUGAAGUAACCUCAGGCUCUAUUCUGAUGACAUUCUGGUCCUCUUUCCUUCUGUCAACACUAAGGAAGAUUGUUUGUUACUGGUUCAUGCUAUUCGAGAUGGCUUUAGGCUUUAGAAUAAUGUAUUUAUUCUAAGAUCAUUGUAAAGUGGAAACCAAAUUUGACAUUAGAAUAGAG